AUGCCCCCUCUAUUUGACCGCAUCCUUCAGUACCUCCCACUACCCCGCAUCCUCAGUCCGCUGCCCGACUUUCUGUGGGCAGUCUCGUUGGGCCUGCCUCCGAUCCUUCGGGCCAUCUGGUCAAACCCGAGCCUCUUGUUCCAGUUGAAGCGGCUCCAACAACUUGGGCAGUACCAGUUCUGGAAAGUAUUCGGUCCCGAGGUCGACAAGAACGCUGCUCCUGUCAAGUGUCAGCUGUUGCCGUGGGCAGAAGGAGUUGUAUUUGAGAUCGGUGCAGGGCAUGGGCACAGUCUCAAAUAUAUGACGCGCCAGCAAAUCACAAAGUACUAUGCGUUGGAACCGAAUACGGAUAUGUGGCCAGGGCUACGGAAAGCGAUCAUGGAAGCGGGGUUAUCCGAAGAAGACGGCAGUGCGGUACUACUGCCGUAUGGGGCAGGCGACAUCGACAAAUUUGUCGAGCAUUUGGGGGGCGAGAACAAGGUCGAUACGCUAGUCUCGAUCCUCGUAUUCUGCUCUGUUCCGAAUACACAACAAGUCCUUCCCACUCUUUGCGAGCGCUUGCUCAAGAAAGGAGGGUCUCUGCUUAUGUAUGAGCACUGUCUAUCCCCGGUACCGUCGUCUCGACUAUACCAGCGCUUGUGGACACCCAUUUGGUCGAUCGUCUUCGAUGGGUGUUGCCUGGACAAGGAUACGAUGACGUGGGUUAAUCAGGUCAAGUGGUCGGAUAAACAUGUUUGGAGGAAGGAGGGUGAACCGGAAUGGAGUUUGUUCUUCCAUGGAGUUGGGAGGUUCAUCUUGUAGAGUGCGCUCGGAUGAUGAAAACACGGGUAUGAGCAUUAAUGGCGUUUGACCAACCAGAACCUCACUGCCUCUUGUGUGGAUCGACAAAGGUGUCAGCGGUCGGUGAUGAGCACCUAUAUCGACAGUUGGGUUGAUUGGAAAGUUUGAAAGUCAGGGCUAUCAGUAUCAUUUGUCUAUAGGUUGCCGAUUGAUUGC